UAGCGAAACCUGGCAGCGUCAAAGUGCAUGCAAGAGAUCGCGGUUUCUGGUUUCAUCAAGCUGAUCGAGCACGCCAUGAGCACCAUGGACGGGCCGCUGCAGAUGCCUCACAAGUGGAAGGACAUGGUGUACUACACGACCCUUGGUUCAGUCGCCGCCGCCGCCGCCGCCGCCGCAGCCGCCGCCGCAGCCGCAGCAGCAGCAGCAGCAGCAGCGGAAACAGCACUAUUGGUCGACAACACCUCUGCUUGUAUAGACAUUCCAGCCCCGAACGAAUUCGCUGCCAUGCCUGAAUCAGAGGCAAGAGGGCACACGUUGACGACACGUUCACCACGAGACAAGGUGCUGCUCCGCCUCCAAAAAUGCACACAAAUAGCGGACUUCCUCUCGCUCCCACAUGCGCUGUUGCCGUUUGAAAUGUAUCGCAGGCACCUCCGAGGCGAAGACCUUCAUGGAGAAACCGUCGACCGUCUUGACCAAGUUCAAGAGCUAUAAGGCCGAGUCCACGAAAGUGUGGCUUUGGCUUGACACUUAAGUUUUGCGGGCAAGUCGGAUUCUCAGCGCAGCGUAUUUCAAUCUCUCGUGGCGUCGCACACUCCGAAAACCGGGAGACGAAAGCAAUGCAACCCUAAUUUCGUGUGUGGAAAACAAAAUCGACGGUGCUUGACGUGAGGAUCUUCGUAAAAUCACGAGGGUUCUACAUGCCUGUGUUGGUCAAGCAUGUGUUUCCGUGCGUGUGUUUGUCGUUAAGUAGUCUACAAAAAACGGGAGGAUGAAGACACACACACACUUUCAUCGGUCAGCCGG